AUGCCUAGUGUCACCGAGGAGAAAUCCUUUGACGUCGAGAAGAAAUCCUACAGCGUCAAGGGGGAUAUCGAGACUUCCACCGAAGAAGACACAGACGAGAUUGUUGUUCUUCAGAAUGAGCGAGAUAUUGCAACUCACGUCAUUUCCGUGGACGACGACCCUAGUCUGAAUCCCUGGACCUUCCGGGCUUUCUUCAUUGGCCUUGGCCUUUCCGCCUUCGGUGGAUCCCUGGCUCAAAUUUAUUACUUCAAACCUCAAACUGUCAGUGUAUCUCCGAUGUUCCUCGGCAUCAUAUCUUAUGUGAUUGGCCUUGCGAUGGAAACAUUCAUCCCCCGCUACGGACUGCUCCGAUACUUGAAUCCAGGACCCUUCAAUAAGAAGGAGAAUGCGUUCAUUAUCAUUAUGGCCAGUGCAGCCGCAAGCUCUGCGUUGGGUAUCGAAGUUCUCGCUGUUCAACGCUUGUAUUAUAACAUCACGCCGAACCCCGGCUCAUCAAUCUUUUUGUUGUUCUCUUCUCAAUUGCUCGGCUAUGGGAUCGGUGGUCUAAUGCGAGGGGUCCUUCUCUAUCCGUCGAAGAUGCUGUACCCUGGCGUUCUCCCGUUGCUAUCCAUGCUCGACGCAUUCUAUCGCGAUGGCAUCGAAACACGUCGAAAGCUCAAGGUCUUCUAUUUCGUCUUUGCUGGAAUCCUUAUAUGGGAACUUUUUCCUGAAUGGAUAUUCCCACUGCUCACCGGUUUCUCAAUAUUCUGCCUCGCCGCUCCUAAUAAUGCUACUGUCUCUCGCCUGUUCGGUGGUUCCAAUGGCAACGAGGGCCUCGGUCUAUUCUCCCUGUGCUUCGACUGGCAGUACAUCUCAGGUGGUACGAACCCGAUGUCUAUCCCACUGAAAGCUCAGCUCUCCAGCUUCAUUGGUUAUAUUAUCUGCAUGGUCGUCUUCGUCGCCGUAUACUACAACAAUAUAUGGAAAUCUCAGAACUUCCCAUUUUUGGCGCAGCUCCUCUUUUACGAGAAUGGGACCGUCUACAACCAGACUUUGAUUAUGAACUCCAACUAUGAGGUGGAUCCGGCCUUAAUAGCGGAACAGGGACUGCCAUACUACGCCGGCACCUGGAUCAUUAAUCUUCUGUCAACGAACCUCGGAUUGGCUGCGUCAUUCACUCACCUACUCCUGUGGAAUAAAGAUGAUAUUAGUGGAGCCUGGACUUGGAUCAAUAAAGAGACACUAAGGGGUUGGCGUGCUAAUUUCGAUUGGAAGUUCUGGAAACACGAUGGAAAGAGGGAAGUCCCCGCCAAUACUGAGGACAUCGACCCGCACUACCGGGAGAUGUUGAAGUAUCCAGAUGCUCCGAAUAGUUGGUACUUAUUGACGUUUGUUCUCUCCUUCAUUGUUGGACUGGUCGUUAUCUACAAGACAGAUUCUACGCUUCCCUGGUGGGGAUUUUGCCUCGCAGUCUUUAUGGCUGUUGUGUCUGUCUUGUUCGUCAUCGCAUUGUACGCUAUCACCGGCACUGGACUUUCCAUCCGCAAUGAAGAAACCCUGGUCCAGAUGGUUGCUGGCUACAUGCACAACGGAAGACCCAUGGCGAACAUGUUCUUUGUCCUUUACAGUUAUAAUACUGUGAAUCAAGCGAUGCUGCUACUACGCGAUCUGAAGAUUGCUCAAUACGCCAAACUGCCUCCCCGCGCUGCAUUCACAGCCCAGAUCAUCGGCACCUUACUUGGUGCUGUUCUCAACUAUGUUAUAAUGAAUUCUAUCAUCGACAAUGAACGCGAAAUACUGUUGUCUAUACACGGAACAAACAUCUGGUCUGGCCAGCAACCUCAAUCAUACAACUCGCAAGCCAUUGCGUGGGGUGGCCUUGCUCACGAGCUCUUUUCAUCUGGUCAAAGGUACCAAUGGGUUCCCUUGUCCUAUCUCGUUGGCUUGGUUGCGCCUCUUCCUUUCUGGAUUAUUCACCAAUACUGGCCGAGACUACGCAUGGAUUACUAUUACACCCCCAUUAUCUGCGGGUACAUCGGAUGGCUCUGUGUUGGAAUAAACUCCUCUAUUUUGUCGUUUUUCAUGGUGUCGUUCAUAUCUCAGUGGUGGCUCCGUACUAGGUUCCCGCAUUGGUUCGUGAAAUAUAACUAUUUAGUCGCCGCAGCCCUUGAUGGUGGAACGCAGGUCAUGGUAUUCAUUCUCUCCUUUGCGGUCCAGGGGGCUGCUGGACCAGCACAUCUCAUUCCGGCAUGGUGGGGUGCAAACCAAAGCGGAUACUACGACCGCUGCUUGUCUUUCUGAAUACAAUCAACUAGAUUGAUAUCUUGUGGAAGGCAUCAGCAACAUCUCUCAAGAGGUUCACUACAAGUUGGACGUGAAAUGUACCAAUUUUGAAACAUAUUUCCAUAGAAUUUAUUAGCAACGCGUUUCGACUGCGAUUGGGAAAAUGUAUUUAAGACCCAGGUCACAAAGUUGAAAGGCAACUGGGGCCCGACUCAGAUCAGGGAAACGUAAUUCACUACAGAGUGCUACAGAGCGCCCCGCAGCACUUUGUAACACAACCCAGCCCGCUGAUGGAGUCAUGAAGGACCUUGACGGAACAUGAAUGAACAAGGGGAAUAAGAGUCAUACAUGGACAGAUAUCGAAUAUUUGUGUUCAUACGAACUACUCGUUUACAACAAGUGAUAUAAUUA